UGUGCGCGCCGCCGUGAGCUCCGGAGGGGCGGGGGCGGCAAUAGCAGGCUCGAGGAAGGGGAGCGCGGAGCGGUCGCUUCCGCCGGCAGCGUGUCCCCGGGGACGGAUCGAGGGAAGCCUCCCCCUCCCUUCGCUGUGGUGUUUUUUACGAUUUUGGUGUUGUUUUUUGGGUUUUUUUUUUUCGCUCCGCUCUCCCUUUACUUGCGCGUGAGGUAAACGUGGUGCGCGCUGCCUGCGCUUCAGGUGGGGAAGGAGGGAGAAAGAAAGCGGGCAGGCUCUGCUUCCCCCCGCUCCUCAGCGUCUCUCCGGAGCCCUCCGCGCCCCGCUUCUCCCCGCGGCGAGGUACGCGGCCCCUGCCGAGAUGGGCUGCACGCUGAGCGCCGAGGACAAGGCGGCGGUGGAGAGGAGCAAGAUGAUCGACAGGAACCUGCGGGAGGACGGCGAGAAGGCGGCCAGGGAGGUGAAGCUGCUCCUGCUCGGAGCUGGUGAAUCAGGGAAAAGCACAAUUGUCAAACAAAUGAAGAUUAUCCAUGAAGCCGGUUAUUCAGAAGAAGAAUGUAAACAGUACAAAGCUGUUGUCUACAGUAACACCAUUCAGUCAAUUAUUGCUAUCAUUAGAGCAAUGGGGAGGUUGAAGAUAGACUUUGGUGAUCCAACCAGGGCUGAUGAUGCUCGUCAACUCUUUGUGUUAGCUGGAGCAGCAGAGGAAGGAUUUAUGACUGCAGAGCUUGCUGGUGUUAUCAAAAGACUAUGGAAAGACAGUGGAGUACAAGCUUGUUUCAACAGAUCUAGAGAAUACCAGCUUAAUGACUCUGCUGCCUAUUACUUGAAUGAUUUGGACAGGAUAGCACAAACAAGCUACAUUCCAACUCAACAGGACGUUCUCAGGACUAGAGUGAAAACUACAGGAAUAGUGGAAACUCACUUUACUUUCAAAGAUCUUCAUUUUAAAAUGUUUGAUGUUGGAGGCCAAAGAUCAGAACGGAAGAAGUGGAUUCAUUGUUUUGAGGGUGUUACAGCAAUUAUUUUCUGUGUGGCAUUAAGUGAUUAUGACUUGGUCUUGGCUGAAGAUGAGGAAAUGAAUCGGAUGCAUGAAAGCAUGAAAUUGUUUGACAGCAUCUGCAACAACAAAUGGUUUACAGACACUUCUAUAAUUCUUUUCCUGAACAAGAAAGAUCUUUUUGAAGAAAAAAUCAAGAGGAGUCCUCUCACUAUUUGCUACCCUGAAUAUGCAGGUUCAAACACUUAUGAAGAAGCAGCUGCUUACAUUCAGUGUCAGUUUGAAGAUCUUAACAAGAGAAAAGACACAAAAGAAAUCUACACUCACUUCACAUGUGCCACAGAUACGAAAAAUGUGCAGUUUGUUUUUGAUGCUGUAACUGAUGUCAUUAUUAAAAAUAACCUUAAAGACUGUGGCCUCUUCUGAGAACAGACAAGACAUUAUUAAAUGGUAAAUUAUGUGCCUGAAAAAAGGACUUAGGCAUUUGGAAUAAGCCCAUGUUGUGUGAAACUUGCAUAGAUAUACUUAAUUCUCUUUAUUUUAUUUUUAGGUUUGAAGAAUGGCUUCACACAAUUCUAAUCUGAUUGAUUUCAAGGUGAAAGAUAUACAAAAUAUGUUGUGCUGAAUGAUAGAUCAGUACUGUACUUGCCUGUUUUAACAGCUUUAUUUAUGUUUGUCUUGUAAAUUUAAGUAAUUAGGUAACACUGAGAUGUCUUUUGACUGUAUGUAAACUUGUAGUAAUGUAUUUGUAUAAACGUUGAAUGGAAUACUUUGGUAACUUGUCCUCUAAAAUUUCUGUGGUUUAUGAAGAUACUCUUAGAGGAGACUUUUUGCCUUUUGGUUAUUUAAACAUCUUGUAAAAUUAAUUUUUCUUUUCAUCUAGAGGGUGCAUGCUACUUUAUUCUUUACUUUUUGUUGGUAAUACUGUAUAUGGCACUAGCUUUUUUGAUAUUUAAACAGCUUCAUACACCUGCUCAGAUUUAAAGAAACAUAACUAAUAAAACUUGGGUUGUUUUUUGCCUUAAGUUUUGGGGAAAAAAAUUUUUAAAUUUAGGUUGAAUACAAAAAUUAUUUUUAAAACUUAAGUGAAAUCCACAGCUUAUGAAAUCUGGAUUUUCAGUCUUUGAAGUGCAAAUGUGACUAUAUUGAAAAACUGAAUUUGAAGGUUGAAAUAUCACUGAAGCUCAUGGAAAUGCAAAAGGAAGUUGUUAAAAACACGCUUGUAGAAAUAAAAAGAAAGUUUGAAACUAAUCUUUACUCACUGGAGUGAAUGGCAAUUUUUUUUAGACUUUAACAAAGGCUGGACUUCCGAUUAAUCUGAUUUCUUUCUGCUUAAUAAUUGAAAUGAUGUUAUCCUUUAACUCUUUGCUAUCUUGUGGUAAUAAAGCUAAAACUAAUUUGCUAAUUUAAUAACCAUAGAGGUAUUAGGUUCUCCCACAAGACACAGCCCAGUGUUUUCAUAGCUUAAAGCAGUUUACUGUUGUUUUUUAAAAAGAAUCUUCAGUAUAUUGGGUAGGGUGACUUAGUGACUUGGAAGAUGCUGAUUCUUUCAUUUAGUUAUGUUUAAAGUCUCAUACUUUCAUUUAAAAAUAAGUUAAAGAAUAUGAUUUUCUUCUGGUUAUGCUUUCAUUACGUGAUUUGGGAUUUUAGGUAUAUAUCAUCCAUUGCCUUAUGGUUAGUGCCAAAACUGAUUUUUAUACCUAUUUUAAAACAAAUAAGCUUCUAUUUGUAAAUAAGUUCUUGGAUGGUUGUCUUAAAUGUAUGUCUUCUACAUAAUACAGACGUACCAAACUUGGAAAUAUGAUUUUCUAUAAUUGUUAGUAUAUUCCAGGCAGCUACAGUACACUGUAAGUUUUUUGAGAAUGAUUCUUUGAAUCUGUUGCUAUUUUUCUAUAUUAUCUUAGCUUACUGUUCUUAGAAGCGUUCAACCAAGGUAUUCAAAUCAUUGUUCUGUUAUUUAAUUUUUUAUCGCAUGAAUGUUUCAUUAGGCCUUAGCUUGAUUGAUAGCUUCAAUGCUUCCUUUGUUAGGUACAGAAUUACUUAAACGUGUUUCAAAUGAAAGUUUAGAAGGGAGUUUCUAAUUUAUUACUGGAGGUUGUUAAAUAUAUUCAUACAUUAUGAGCUCUUUCAGCAGUUGUAGUAAACAAUCUGUAUAUCCUGGGCUGCUUUUAAUUGUGCUUUACAGUUCCGGAUACAUAACUGAUUUUAAAUUUCAUUGAAUAACUUUGUGAAAAUUGUAUUUACACCUACGUUGAACUUGGUUUUUGUACUUGAUGUAAAACAGAAAUUGGGAUUAAUCAAAUUACAUAAAUAAAUUUAAAUUUUGUGCCUUGCUUGAAA